GUUUGCACCAAUCGAGGUCACUGGUGCGUGUGCUUGCUAGCUGCGGGCAGAACACCGGGCUGACUGAAUGUGCGUCGCAGAUGACGACGCGUAUCUUCACACGUUAGACGCUCCACCCGCCUUUGGGGUUAUCAAGCUUGAGCUCUGGGAAGCCGACAUCCGGAAUGUCAGACGGACUGAGUUUCGACACCAGUACGGCUCGACCGUCCUCGAGGGACAGACGAUCCACGAGAGGUCCAAGAAAGCCGGCGCUCAUCACGUCAAGUGUGUCAGCCGCCCACCUACCCUCCAAGUCCUUCACUCAGGCUGAUUGCGUAGAUUUGGUGGAGAGUACGUCGUUGCCCCGCGGCAGGUCAACAUGAUCGACGCCCAACGUAAAGGCUCGGAGGCUCUGGCGACGUUUACAUUCAACUACCGGCCUCGUGGUCCGUCCUGCUUUUUCCGUCCGUUCGUGUGUGGACUCAAUCCAUCCACAGACAUACUCAUGGCUGGAGGUAUCAUCUCGUCACCCGUUCCCUCGCCGGUGAAAACCGAGCCAGUAGAUUCGCAGAUCCUUGGUCUAGAAGCACAGUUGAGAGCUCUGCGCGCGCAGAAAUCUGCAGGUUCGGCGCCGAGGGUUUCGACUAUGGCACAUCCACGAACUGGGCAGUCGGUGCAGGUCAUCGAUCUGACUGAUCUAUAAUAAGUACUGUCUGCGCGUCCCGAUCAACAACUACCCUGGAGUCUUAACGCCUCAUCUGUAUUCACUCACAAUUGCUUGUAUCUUAUCAUGCAUGUACUCCCUCGCAUUCGAUCUGCUGUCCUGCAUUGGCUGUCCCAUCCGCAGUCUGGGGGUUACAGCCCCAUUGAUGAAAGGAUCUCUCUUCCAGACAACCAAGUGACCGUCAAGCAAAAGACCUGAGAUUCAUAGUCCAAUGUUCCGGGAUUGCAGUUUUUCGGUUCGAUACACUCGUCUCAAUGGACAAAAUCCGUAUUGCCAGAGACGUGAAGGCUUGAUACUCGCACUAGAAUUGUCAAGGAAUUCGAGAGCUGCUCAAGCACGUUUGAGUCAGCCGACCAAUCUCGCGUGUUCCGACAUGAGCCGAUGAUUUGACCAGCGAUCAAAGAGCUGUAUUUGCGAAAGAUGGCGGGAAAUGCGUUUUAGGGACGAGCUGUUCUUACACUACGUACCAUCAGGAUUUGUUCCGUUGAUUCACCGGUUGUACCAGACGGGUUUGCAGCAGAGACAUCCAUCAUCGGCUUUAACUUGCAGACUGAUCUUCCGUUUCCUCCAUAAUGGCCGCAUCAGCCUUUGCAAGACAAGGGCGAAAGAUUGUCGCCAUUGGCCGCAACUACGCCGAACACAUCAAAGAGCUCAACAACACCGCUCCCAAGGAACCGUUCUUCUUCCUCAAGCCGACGACGAGCUACGUGCAGUCCGGUGGCAGGGUGGAGAUCCCCACCGGGAUCAUGGCGCAUCACGAGG